CAAACGCUCGAAAAUUCAAAAAUUAAAGUAACGUCUGUUUAACGGUUUUUUGUGUUUCAUGUUUUGUUUUUUUUUUAUUCAGUGAAAUGUGGAGUGAUCACCAUUUGUUAUAAUGAACCAAAAAUAAUGUGCUAACUAUUUUUAAUACUUUAGUUUUCAUUUUUAUUGAAAUUCGUAAUAUGUACAAAAAAUUGUCGGUAGGUAUAAUCUAGUGAAUUUCGGAACCAAGCAAUCAUGCCGAAAGUUCGUAAGAAAUUAAAGGAAAGACGAAUAAAUCAUGUAGCUAAAGAAAAUACUCGAUUGAAAGGAGCUGAACUGUUAUCAUCUUUUUAUGAUGAAGAUCGACCAAGAUCAGAAUCAGGCUCUUUCAGUAGCAAUCCUAUGGUCUCAAUUUGUAAUGUGCUCCGUACUCCUAGUCCUGAUUUACUGUCUGUAUCUGUGCAAUUAAUUGAAGAUGGGCAUAAGAGAGAUGCUUCGUUGCAAACAACUCCUAAAAGCAAUAGAAAUAUAUCUGAUAGAUUUUCAUCUCGGAGUAGAGGUUCCUUCUUCAGUCAUUCCAAAAAUCGUUUUUCCCCCUUGUGUUUUAGCCAUGAAAGAGGUAAACCAUACAGUGGUGACAAUGAUUCACCACCCGUCAAUGAAGAUAUUGUUGAUUUUGAAGCAAAGGAAAAAGAUGAGAUUAUUUGUGCAACUCCAAAGAUUAGAUAUGAUUCAAUCAAUAUCUCUAAAAGAGAUUCGAACCUUGAAAUUGUAAAUACGAAGAAGGAUGCUGUGGUAAUUAAAAGUGAUGAGUUAGUCUGUUUCACCCGUACAAAAUCCCAAAACGAAGUAAAGCAUCUGCAGGGAAUUAUUAAUAUCAAUCCAUAUAUGGAUUACAAACAAUAUCAUAUAAAAAGCCAAAAAGAUAACGUGAAUGAACAAUCAUUCUUCACUCGGGACUUAUUAGAAUCCAAACCCGCAUCAACUCCUAUACACGCUGUGAACGAAAGAAGUGUACCCAGGUUACCGUUUAACGAUAUCAGUAAUUCUAACUCGAUAACUAAUAAGACAAGAAAUCUCAGAGAUUCGAUGCUUAGACGAUCUGCCCUAACACCUGUAAUUAUCGAGGAACCCUUACCCAAAGAGGGGAACAUCGAUAAUGAAGUUGAGGUGCAGAGAAAGAUAACAGAGUUCCUGUCGAAAACAGCACCGGUAGGAGAGAUAGGUACUAACAUGGCAAAGAUUACCAGAGUCCUGAACAAGGUUAAUCAGAAUCCUAACACCUAUAAGACCUUGGGGGACGAUUCAAGUUCCAGGGAUGACACACUAGGUGGUUUCAGGAAAGUUAUGAGACAGAUGCAUAAGUAUGGCAGUGUUACAGCGAAGUGGACAAUGUCUCUCUUCUCUGUUUGCAUGCGGUUGGGAUUUUCUAUUAGACCAAUUCAGACUCUAAGUCAGUAUUUCUUGUCUGACUUUCAGAAGAUAGCAGAGACGCCCUGUACACUCUGCGUAGACCCGGAAUCCGUCAAAUCUUGUACAUGCACCAAAUACCAAGAGGAGAUUUCCAAGUUGAAGAUCAAGAUCGAGGAGUUGGGCGUAAGUAUAGGGGAUCUGAGAAAUCAACUUUUGGAGAACAUAAAGAAUAACAGAAAGGUGGAAACCCUCAACGCGACCUUGGAGGAGCUGACCAAGGAGGUGGAGAACCUCAAAUCUUUGAAAGACGAGAUGGACAAUCUGAGAAAUAGGUUCAACACUUUGAACCACUCUUCCUUCCCUCAAACUCCGAUGUCCGUUACCAGAGUCGCACCAGUGGCCGCUCCCCCUCCACCUCCGCCUCCUCCUCCUCCACCCCCACCUCUUUUACCCCAGGCGAAUAAGAUAAAUAUUUUGAAGAAAAGUUCCACGCAAACGAAAGCGCAGAACGAGACACCCAGGCCUGUUAUUUCUUUGGACGAUAUUUUGAAGGUUAAGCUGAAGAAAACGACAGAGAGAUCGGUUAUGGCGAGGAGAUCGACUGGGAGCCAACCAGAGAUUACCAAGGAUAUGUUGCAACAGGUCAAACUGAGAAAACCAUGUCGAUCCAUGACCCCUUCAAGGUUACCUGAUUUAUCUCCGGAGGGCUCAACAAGUCCCCACUCGAGCCUACGGAGACUCCUGAAGGACGACGGCAGUUUCAAGAUAAAAAGACUUAGAAGAGUAGGGGGUUACAGUUUUAACGAUAUGAAGAAAAGAGAUAAGUUAAGUAGAGAAAGACAAUGAGCUGGAUUCUCUUCUCUAAUGCUACUUGCCACAAAUUUUAUAGACUAACGCUCCAAAUUGACUUUUCUAUUUUAAGACAGAUAUUUGUUCGUGUUGAGAUAACAAAAUGAUUUAUUUAUAUGAAGUUGAAUCAUAAUCGAUUUUGACCUUUUGAAAGACACCGAAU